AUGUUUCUUAAGGUACGGGACUGGUUUCUUAAGGACAGGCCGGCUAACCAUAGUGCUACAGAUUUGGAAUAUGGCUGGAAUCCCAUGGAGUCUGUAAGGUACCUCCGGUCUCAAUACAGACAUUAUAAGGCUAACCCACAUUUAUUGAGCUACAAGGACGUGUGUCAUUACACAUUUAUGGGCUCUGUUUGGUUGUUUGUGCUAAUUAUGAACCCUGCACCAAUGGUUCUAAAGUUGCUGUUUUAUGCAUUCUUAACUCUCCUGUUCCUGGUACCCAUAACUUCGCAGUUCUUCUUUAAUGCAUUGCCUAUCCUAACCUGGUUGGCACUUUAUUUCACUUCAUCAUACUUAAAGGCAGAUAUUAGACCACCUAUCACAGUCAAGGCGUUGCCUGCUAUUGAAACAGUGCUAUACGGUGAUAACUUGAGUGAUAUCCUAGCAACAUCCACCAAUCCUGUUUUGGAUAUUUUCGCAUGGAUCCCAUACGGUCUGUUCCACUUUGGUGCACCUUUCGUGGUAGCGUUGAUUUUGUUCUUGUUCGGUCCACCAACAAUUUUGAAGGGCUAUGCAUUUGCAUUUGGAUACAUGAAUCUAAUCGGUGUCAUGAUUCAGAAUUUCUUCCCAGCUGCUCCUCCUUGGUAUAAAAUCCUAUACGGACUAGAGAGUGCUAACUACACCAUGAAGGGUUCCCCUGGUGGUUUGGCUAGAAUCGAUGAGCUACUUCACAUUAACUUAUACAGUAACGCAUUCGCUAACUCCUCGGUUAUUUUUGGCGCUUUCCCAUCUUUACACUCCGGAUGUGCCACCAUGGAGGCCUUGUUUUUUUCCUACUGCUUCCCAUUUUUAAGACCACUAUUUAUUUUCUACGUUUGCUGGUUAUGGUGGUCCACUAUGUACUUGACUCAUCACUAUUUCGUUGAUUUGAUGGCCGGCUCAGUGCUAUCUUAUGUGAUUUUCCAAUACACUAAAUACUAUCAUUUGCCAGUGGUGAAUACUUCCUAUUUGACAAGAUGGGCAUACCCAAGUGUAUCGAAGUAUGAUUUUAAGACUUCUGAUCCGUUGAACACCGACUCAGAGAUGCACGUCGAGAAUAUUCCAUUAAGAACUUACGAUGAAACAAUGAGUAUCGACUCUAGGAGUAACAGCAAUGGUAGACUUGAGUUGGAGUUAGAUAUGGAUAUGGAUAAUAUGCGUACUGUAAGCAGCAACACUUCUACACCAGCAUCGGUUUUUGAUAGAAUGGAAUCUUUAUCCAGGUCGUCCGCAACUUCAAAUACAUCAUUGGGAAAUUUGUCCACAACUGACUUGACUGACCCUCCUGUAGCAAGAAAGCCAUCUGCAUUCUAG